AUGGUCCCUGCAAGGUGUCGUAGUAUUGCCUGUUUGCAGAUGAAGAAAGUGAGCUUGAGGAGGCCCCAAGUCCCAGUGACUGGCCCCAAGUCACAGUGCCCUACUGAAUGUGGUGUCGCUCACCUGGGGUCCGUGCCCAGUCAGUGGGUGUGCAGUGAAGGGUGGAAGAGGCGCGAGGAGCAAUGGAGCUGCUUAAGCCAAUUAUAAUUUCCUGCCGUAAACCAAAAAAUAAACUCCACAGUUAUAAACAUUACAAAGGACAAGCUUUGGCCCACGGGGAAAACAAGUACCUAUAGUAUAGCGGCACGGAGCCUUCAGGUGUAUUUCCUGUCACCACCAGAGCAUCCCAGAAAGGUAUUUUACAGAUAGAGACAAAGAAAACUAAAACAUUCUCACUCUGGUUUGUUACUUGUCAUAACACCAAGCAAAUGACUGAGGGGGACAAUUUUGGGCCAACUUUGGAAGGCCAAGAGGAAAGUGCCUAUACUGUGUAGACAAAAUCCAAAGCAGCCCAUUUCAGACAAAACAUUCUCUUUUGGAAAUUUUGAGACUUUUGUGUGUCUUGAAUGUGGUAGAGCUCAUCUAAAAAUCUUGGAAACCAUCCGGAAGCAGUGGCUCAUGCCUGUAAUCCCAGCACUUUGGGAGGACAAGGUGGGAGGAUCGCUU